AUGGCUGCGAACGGCUCUCCUACAGGAGGCAUUCAAGUUGGUGUUGUCGGCGCUGGGGUUGCAGGUCUCGCUGCUGCUAUCGCCUUGAGAAGGAUUGGUCAUGACGUCGAGAUCUUUGAGCGAUCACAAUUUAAAAAUGAGAACGGUGCUGCUGUAUCGAUCCCUCCCAAUGGCGGCAGAAUCUUGAAACGAUGGGGAUUCGAUUCCCAGAAAUCUGGUGGAAUCGAAAACAUCCAGGUUCGUCGACCAAAGGGAGAUACUUUGGAGCCAAUGGCGCCAACCCUGAAUUUCUCAAAUGUCGAGCAACUUUAUGGCGAUAAGUGGUAUUUCUACCACAGAGUCGAUAUGCACAGGCAUCUUCGGGAGCUGGCCGAAGCCGCUGGAGCUGUCAUCAGACUCGGUCAACGGGUUGACGAUGUUGAGAUUGAGACUGGAGUGAUCACUCUCAAGGACGGUGCAACUGUCCAAAAAGACCUGGUCAUUGUUGCUGAUGGCCAGCAUGACCGUAUCAACGCCAAAGUCACAGGCGCCGAGAUCCCAAUGAAGAGGAGUGGACAGACCGCCUAUCGUUGCUUGAUUCCCAUGAAGGAUAUUCUAUCUGAUGAAGAGACAAAAUUCUUCUUUGAGAACCAGCCCCCUGGAUUCUGGGCGCCGGCUCUCCCAGCGAAGGGUGUCAUGGCCGUCACCUAUCCUUGCCGAAACAACGAAAUCUUGAACGUGCUCGCGGUUCAUCGAAAGCUCGGCCAACACGCAUCAAAUGAGGACGAUGUUGUCAUCGACGACUGGAAUUUCCCAGCCACCCACGAAGACCUGGAAAAGGUCCUCGACGGGUUCCAUCCUGCCGUGAAGAAAAUGUUCCUCAAAUCACCUGAAGUCAAGGUUUAUACUCAGAUGAAGCGUGAGCCCCUUAGCAAGAUGACCAGGGGCAAGACAUUGCUGAUCGGCGACGCUUCCCAUCCUAUGCUGUUGACUCACGCCCAAGGUGUAUCGUCAUCCAUCGAAGAUGCCGCCGCUCUGGAAGUGUUCCUUGCAGACAUCCCGGCCUCGAAAGGUGUCGAUGCUCCUCCAUCUGACAGACUUCUCCGGCGUCUUCAGGACUUCGAGUCCUUCCGCCUUCCCAGAGUUUCUGCUACCCAGAUCCUCACCGAUCCCGUGGUUCCAGGACCUCAAGCGGCUGCAAACUAUGCCAAACAAGAAGCCGAGAUUCGAAAAUACUACUCUGGUCCCCUCCCACCCACCGGCUCCAUGCCCCACAGCCCUCCGAUCUGCCAGUUUUUCUUCGCAUACGACGUUCGCAAGGACGCUAUCCGGGCUCUCGAGGAGGCCAAGGUUGCAGCCCGACAGAGAGCGACCAGCAUUGCCACCGUCAUGGCCUCUGUCCCUGAAGACCAACUCCCGGUCGUCAAGUCUGUGAAUGGUGUGCCACAGACCUCCGUUGCAGGGGCUGUCGAUAAGAGGGUGGAAGUCCUCGAGAAGAAAUUGGCAGAUCUCGAGAAGAAGCUAGCGCAACUCACCACGAAAGUCGAGGGCACCUCUUAA